AAAAGUCGCUAUAACCGGAUUCUACUGUAGUUGCCUAGUGAUAAACCUCGAUAACCGAAAAGUUGGAUCGCAACCUGAACAGGGCCUAACUCAAAGACACUCGAUAUUUCCUUUGAUUCAGUCGAGCUUUGACAAGAGUGGUCUAGAAUGUCGCACCGCCACCAGGACAUUCCCAUCCGCCCGCGCUACGGAUAUGUGGCCGAGGAGAGUGGCGCAGUGGACGGGGCAACUAGGAGCUCCGGAUCCGGAGCCACGCCCGCCUCCUCUUACACGGAAAUUCCGUUUCUAGCUCAGUAUCCGGGAGCAGUCCCGGAGCACGUGCUCCAGGAUCUCACGCCCACGGCCACUGGCCAGCCUGCAAUUCCCGGAAGCUCAAAGACAAGACCCAACGGCGAGAGAUACCUAAAUCUGGAUUCUGGCGAGGAUCCCGACGAGGAGGAUGAUUCCCUGGAGGAGGAGGACAACAGCAACUCGAAUAGCAACUCCAAGGGCAGUUCCGGGGACAUCGAGAGGCACAGAGUUAAAGCAGAGAGCACUGUGCCCUACGAGCUGGAUGGUGAAACCAGCGACUCCGACGGAAUGCGCCACUUUGUGGCCCACGACCUGGAGGCCAAGCUGCGCGAACGAGUGGCGGCCUCGGACUACUCCUCGGAGCACACCACGCCCCUCAACUCCAUGGGUCCCAUUGGAGGCGCUUCCGGCAACGGUCUGCUCACGCGUAGGUUCCUUCAGUCGCGCAACAUUCCCGAGGUGGACGGCAGCGUCUUGAGCGACAUCGAGCUGGAGGCCCAGUACUUGGCCAGCUCGGUGGACAAUCUGAUGGAGAACCUGGGCAACCUGCUGCACUCCAUCUCCUCCAUAACGGCCGACAACGUGGAGGUUCACCGCAACGCCGUCAACAAGCUGACGGACACCUUGGAUGCCAACAUCAAGUGCCAGUACCAAUUGCUCGCCAAGGCGGAGGAAAUCACCAAGUCGAUGAAAUCCACAGAGCAAGUGGGUCAGCGCAUAAGGCAGAUCAAGCGGCUGGUGGAUAUGUUGGACAGCACCAUGUAAAAUAGGGCUAUGCUAUCCUGUGAUCAAUCAAUUAAAAAGAUCUUGUGUUUCUAGUCAUUCCGUAAAUACAUUUAAUCAGUGUUAAAACA